AUGGCCGCGACGGAAGGUCCAAUGACAAAACAUAUCCGAGAGAAGCUAUCAGAACAUUUCAAAGUAAGUGGCAUUUUCUUUUCGAUUUUUUUAGAACUUUUAGACCAUUGAUCUCACAAUUUCCUCUUGGUAUACCUGAAACAAUAUAAUUGAUUUUUCAGCCGGUCCAUCUUGAAGUAGAAUGUGAAAGCCGGCUGCAUAAUGUGCCGAAGGAUGUGGAGAUUCACUUCCGAGUUCAGAUCGUCUCCGACAAAUUCGAUGGAUUAUCGAAAAUUCAGGUAAUUUAAAUUAUCGUUGUUGGCUUGAUGUUUAGGUCGAAAUGACGAAUAUUUGAUGGAUUUCAACUGAAUAAAGCGCUGUUAAAGCCAGAUAAAGGCUCUUUCAGUCUUGUAAACACUAAAAAAAGGCAUAAUUUGAUUAGAUUCAUCUAGUUUGAUCAAAUUUUGCCUAGUACAAUAUAAUUUGUUACUUUUUCUCCGAUAAGUCUAAAAACUUCGGGCUAAGCGGUCUAAAAUACGACAUGGAGAAUAAGAAGCGAUAAAAAAUAAUUUCAGCGACACCGACUGGUCAAUAAAUGUCUGGCCGAGGAACUGGAAUCAGAUAUCCAUGCGUUACGAAUUCAAGCUCUUGAGCCCAAAGAAUACGAUGGAAAGGCGCAAGAUGCGGCUCCAAAAUGCGGAGGGGGGCAUGGACUGUAA